UGACCUGACCUGUGAAGAAAAGCGAGAAUCGAGACGCGUAGUGAUUGGUCCACGGCAGAUUCUCCUGGAGAGUGAGUGACUGAGAGAAAAAUACGAAAUCGAAUCUGGAUUGUUAAGAGGAACUAGGGUUUACUUUUUUCCUAUAGGAGGAGUUGGGAUAGCUAGCGAUCAUCGACGAAAUGUUGGACUAGCAAAUCAAUUUGGGAGUCGAGAAGUAGUGAGGUGCAGAGAACAAGAAAAAUAUUUUAAUUGGGGAUGGUUGUUGGGGAGUCGGGAGAGGAGGAACCAACAACAACAUCAUCAGCUAUGUCUGAGAGUGAGCGUGCUGAUUCUGAAGCGGUUGAAGUUGAUGUGAAAAUUUGUGACACUUGUGGAGAUGUGGGCCGUGAGGAUUUACUUGCUAUCUGCAGCAGAUGCAGUGAUGGUGCAGAACACACGUAUUGCAUGCGGGUGAUGCUUCAAAAAGUUCCAGCGGGUGAUUGGCUUUGUGAAGAAUGCAAGUUUGCUGAGCUUGCAGAAAAGCAGAAGCGAGAUAAAGAAACUAAGAGAAAGCAAGAAAUUGAGGCGAAUUUUAGUACACAGAGCUUCAGCAAAAGGCCCUUAAAUAAACCUGAGGCAGCUCCAGAUUCUAAAAGACAAGCAGUUGAGGCUCCAACUGGGUCACCCAAAAGACCUGUCCUCCCUAGAUUGACCGCUUUCUCCCGGGAAACAGUUAAGGGCGUAGAGAAGACGACGAGAAAGCUAGCUCACCACUCGUCUUUGAAUAGCCACUCCAGUGAUGACACAGAUAGCACGCCAUCCACUGACUCACAGCUCCAAUCUUCUAAAGGCUCUCUUUUUAAGUCCAACUCGUUUAAUUCUUCGAGCUCUAGACCAAAAGUGAGACCAGUGGAUGAUGUUAUGCCUAAGGAGGGGCUUUCUAGAAAAUUAGGUAGGUCGAUGUCAACCAGAUGUAUAGAAGUAGGGAGCUCUGGUUGCAAUGACUCAAAAGUAAAAGGUUCAAAGCAACUGAACGAUCGGAGUACAGAAGCUUACCCUUCCGCAUCAGGAGUCGACCAGAAGCUAAACCCACGUGGCAACUCGUCCAGUUCCUAUGCAAAUAGUGCACGUGAUUUGAAGAGUUUGCAGUCUGAUGUUAAAGAAGGUAGCUUGGCAAAGAAAGCCAGACAUCUAAGUCGAAACCGCCUGGAAGAUAUAGUUGCUUCUGUUGGGGAUGUUGGUAGUCGCCAAAGGUCUGACACUUCUGCUGUUUCGAAAGACCUACCAUCUCAAAAAGGUCUGGCGGCAGAACCUGCUGAGACUUCAUGUGCCUCUGGAAGCAAUCUCUCUACCACGCGAAACACUAAGGAGGAUAUUAAUAAGGGCAAUAGGUUGCGAGCAGCGGUUGAUGCUGCUCUCCGGAAAAAACCUAGCUUUGGGAAGAACCGUGGAUUGGAGCAGUCUGAUUUGCCGUCAGUGUCUAAUGUGGAUUCUAGUUGUGAUAGGACUCUUCAAAAUCUUCCCUCGAAGGUGCCUAUCAUGAGAGAUUGGCCUGUGGGAUUACAAGGAGGGCAAUCAAAUUUACAGACAGACAAGCAGGCGAUUGCAGUAAAUAAAAAACAGUCUACACUCGCUGGUGCUGAUGCAAUGGCUGCUCCUCAAUCUGCAGAGCCUGCAGUUCAUUUACAUUCUGUAAAGCCGGUCAUCAGAGAUUUGCCUGUGGGAUUGCAAAGAGGGCAUCCAAAUUUACAGACAGACAAACAGGCCUUUGCAGUAAAUAGAAAACAGUCUACACUCGCUGGUGCUGAUUUAAUGGCUCCUCCUCAAUCUGUAGAGCCUUCAGUUCAUUUACCUUCUGUAAAGCCGGUCAUGAGAGAUUUUCCUGUGGGAUUGCAAGGAGGGCAUCCAAAUUUACCGACGGACAAGCAGACGAUUGCAGUAAAUAGAAAGCAGUUUCCACUCGCUAGUGCUAAUGCAAUGGCUGCUUCUCAAUCUGUAGAGCCUGCAGUUCAUUUACCUUCUGUGGAACCGGUCAUGAGUGAUUUGCCUGUGCUUGACCCAUCUGUUCUGUCGACAACCUCAGCCAUCCCAGAGCAUGAAUACAUUUGGCAAGGGAACAUGGAGGUGCAGAAAAGCAGAAAUAUAUCGGCAAUGCAUUGUGGAAUGCAAGCAUAUCUAUCAACAUUAGCAUCACCUAAGGUUGCUGAAGUGGUGAAUCAAUUUCCAGUAAAAGUGACCUUGAAUGAAGUACCCAGGCUACGUACAUGGCCUUCGCAGUUUCGAGAUAUAGGUGCUAAGGAAGGCCAUGUGGCUCUUUUCUUCUUUGCCAAGGACAUCGAGAGUUAUGAGAAAUAUUACAAGCCCCUGGUAGAUAACAUGAUCCAGAAAGAUUUAGCUCUAAAGGGAAGCCUCGAGGGUGUUGAGCUUUUGAUUUUUGCGUCGAAUCAGCUUCCUCAGAACUGUCAGCGUUGGAACAUGUUCUUUUUCCUUUGGGGUGUAUUUCGAGGAAAAAAGGAGAAAUGUUCUGAUCCACUCAAGAGCAAACCUCUUUCGGCGUCUAAUGUUUUGCCAAAUAUGGGGAGAGUGUUGUCUACACGUGAAGGCUUUUACCAUGAAAAUCCAAGCAACAGAGAGUUCUCAAUUGACCGCCCAUCGAGCAGAAUGCAAUCGUGUUUGAAGGAGAAUGAUAAAGAGGGUGAAGCGGGCGGUGGAGUUAGUGGAGCGGUGGAAGAAACUGAGGAAGGAGAGAUCGGUUUUAGCCCACAGUUGAAGGAUGAGAAGAUUUCAGGGCCUAGGAGAGUAAAUUCAUCUGACGUGAAUCAGAACGUGAACAUGGAUGAUCUGACUGGUGUAGGGUUGUGUGAAGGACCAGCGAAUAAAAAGCUGAAGACAGGCACAGGAGUAGAAACCAAAUGUAACAUAUUCAGGAGGGAUACACCUGGUCCCCAUCCCCGUGAGGAGGAAACUAUGAUCAAGAAGACUCCAGAUGCAGCUGAAAGGAUCGUGUUCCCUUUGGAUUUGAAUGAUGGAAAGGAAGACGAUGAUGAAAUGGUAGACGAUAAUCCCAGAGCACUGGGCAAUGACAGCAGCAAACAAAGGUCACUCGGUAUGGUCCCAAAUCUUGAGUUGGCUCUAGGAGAAGAUGAAACUACUACAACCACAGGAUCCGUCUUGCCCUUCAUGGCUAGACCAAGCGCCACUGAGAAACAUAGAAGUAGCAGUAGCCAGAAGGCAGAAGAAGACAGUGCAGCUUCUCUCUCACUAUCCUUAUCCUUCUCUCCCCUGGAGAAGGAACAACAACAACAACAAAGACAACAGCAGAAUCAGAGACAAGUGUCUGGAUGGGAACACAAGAAGCAGAAUGUGAAUACUCCUAUGUUUCUCUUCAGAAACUUCCCUGACAAAUCAUCAUAGGGAUUCUUACUUCUUAGGGAUAGCAACACACCAUCAAGAGACAUGGGAGAGAGCAUCUUCAGUAGCUUUGGAUCAUCUGUUCAUAUAAAUGAACCCUUCUUUUUCUUUGAACAGGGAACCUAUCUUUUAGUUUGGUCUUUUGGUUUCCUGAAGAAGGCUCAACCAAACCAGUACUCGCCACAACUAUGCACAUAUGAAGGCGAUGGAAAAAAAACAGAUGAGAAGAUGUCUGGUUCUGUAGACUGAUCUGCUUAAACCUAAAGGGUGUGUUUAUGUCUAUUUUUAGUCUUUACUCAUGUUCGUUAUAGAUAUACCAUAUCAGCGAGCAGCUGACAAUUUUAUUCAUACAUCCAGAGUAUUCAGAAAUUUAUGCCUAA